AUGUCAAAAUUAUACAAGCCUUUCUUAAGGAUUUACAAAGAAUUGGAAAAUUCAGAAGACAUUGCUUAAGAUUUUCUUUUUGUAGGUCCUAAAAUAAAAAGCGACUUAAGCAGUGCACAAGGGUUACUAUUUGGAAGCCUUUAUUUCUGCUUUAUUGAUAACUGCGUCAAAAAUUUAGAUAUACCACAAAUUAAAUAGGCAUAGGAUUUUUUUAAAGUAUUAUUAGCCCAAUAAAAUGAUUUGAUUGAAAAUGAAAAAAAUCAAAUUGAUAAAAUUUUCUAUCAAAUUAAUCAAAUCUUGAAAUCGCUAAAAAUAUUUGAAGGUUGUUCCAAAUGUAAGAAAUGCGAAAAUUUAGAAACAUGUGAAAAAUUUAGUGACAUCAAUGAAAUUUGUAAAUCUUUAUCAAAUUUAGAAAAUUUGUUCACUCAAAAGUAGAAAUAGGAUAAAGAAAACUAUAAAUUUAAUGAAUACUUUGAGUUUUGUGCUUCUUUAGCAUUGAUGGAAAAACUAGUCAGUUAUAGCUAAGCUAAUAAUCUACCAAAUGAGGAAUUCUUAAGGAAACAUAACAUAAUUUUUAAUUAAAUAGAAUAAAAUGAUUUCUUUACUGCAUAAAUGAAGAGUGCUUUCAACUAAAUUUGCGAAAUAUUGCAAAUUAGUUGCACAUUUUACUAUGAAUUCAACUAAAGCUUGAUUAAAAUCAGCCAGCACCAAAGCGUUAGCAAGUAAGAUCUUCACAUCACAUACAACUAUAAUAUAAUAUUUAGCUAGGAUUAUUCUAGUUUCAGAUUCGGCUAUAGUACAACUAAAAUAAAUGAGCAGAAUAUGUUAAAAGAUAAAAUGUAUUCUCAAAAUGACAUCAUAUAAAUCUUAAAGCAAACUGAGAAGACUUGCCUUAAUAACAAAGAGUUCCCAUUAAUAAAAUAAAAAUUGUAAGACGAAGAAGAUUUGAAAAAUAAUAAAUAAUAUUAUCUUCAUCAAAUCAAAAGCCUGUUAGAAUAAUAAAAUGAAUAUGCUCCUACUUUGAAAAUUUGGAUCGACUAUAUUAAUGAUGAAAGGAAAAGAAAAUAUGAGUUGGAAUGUGAAAUAUAACAAAUGCAAAUAGACCUUAAAUAUUAAUGA